AUGCUCCCCUUACCUCCCUCACCACCACCUCUCCCACUCUGCUCUCUUCAUCCCCCCAACCCCCUCCCCCGCCCCCCCCCAGCCAUGAGGCUGAGCGUGCGCGAGGGGGACAAGCUGCGCCUGCAUGCAGCAGGCGCGCUGGCGCAGAAGCGCCUGGCGCGCGGAUUGAAGCUCAACUACCCCGAGGCGGUGGCUUUAAUCGCCACGCAGGUGCUGGAGUUUAUCCGCGAUGGCAAGAGCGUUGCUGAGCUCAUGGACCUCGGCAAGCAGCUUCUAGGAAGGCGCAACGUGCUGCCAGCGGUGCCAGUGCUGCUAGACGUGGUGCAGGUGGAGGGAACCUUCGCGGAUGGCACCAAGCUGGUGACGGUGCAUCACCCCAUCAGCCGUGAGGACGGAGACCUCUCCCUUGCGCUGCACGGCUCUUUUCUGCCAGUCCCCUCGCCUGAUCUCUUCGCCACACCUAUUGCCACCACUGCUCUGAGUGGCUCUGCUGCGCCAGGGCAGAUCAUGGUGGCAGGGACAGGCCCGCUGCUGCUCAAUGCCGGCAGGGCUGCUGUGCGGCUGAGCGUCAGCAGCCGCUGUGACAGGCCCAUUCAGGUGGGCAGCCACUAUCACUUCGUGGAGACCAAUCCGCUGCUCUUCUUUGAUCGCCAGCUGGCGUACGGUUACCACCUCAACAUCCUCCCUGGCACCGCUGUGCGCUUCGAGCCUGGCGAGACAAAGCAGGCGGUGCUGGUGGCGAUGGGGGCCAAGAGGCCUGGCGAGACAAAGCAGGUGGUGCUGGUGGCGAUGGGGGGCAAGAGGGUGAUUCGAGGGGGCAACGGGAUAGCGAGCGGGCCAGUGGACGAGAGCAGGGCGGCCGAGGUGGCUGCUAAGGCUGUGGCCAUGGGAUUCGGACAUGUGCCUGAACCCAGCGCACUCAAGGGGGUUGUGGGGACGGACGAGGCCCUGACAGUGCGAGUGGAGCGGGAGCAAUAUGCCGACGUGUUUGGCCCCACGGGGGUUGUGGGGACGGACGAGGCCCUGACAGUGCGAGUGGAGCGGGAGCAAUAUGCCGACGUGUUUGGCCCCACAGAAGAGGACAGACAGAGUGCGGCCUGUGAAAAAGGGUCUUGUUUUUUUACUCUCUCCUCUCCCCCGCCUCGUGCAUGCAGCAAGGGAGUGGUGGGGACGGACGAGGCUCUGACAGUGCGAGUGGAGAGGGAGCGGUACGCUGACGUGUUUGGCCCCACAGUGGGGGACAGAGUGCGGCUGGGGGAUACUGCGCUGGUGGUGGAGGUGGAGAGGGAUUUCACUGUGCUGGGCGAUGAGUGCAAGUUCGGAGGGGGGAAGGUGCUAAGAGAAGGCAUGGGGCAGGUGAGACCUGGGGCAGGCGUGAGGGUGGGGGACAGAGUGCGGGUGGGAGACACAGCACUGGUGGUGGAGGUGGAGGGGGACUUCACUGUGCUGGGCGAUGAGUGCAAGUUUGGAGGGGGGAAGGUGCUAAGAGAAGGCAUGGGGCAGGUGAAACCUGGGCACUGGGGGGGCAGUGGGGGCAGUGAGGUAGGAACGGAGUAUGGGGGGACUGGUGCUGGGGCUGAUGAGGAGUGGGGCAGGAGGGGCCGGAGGGGGAGGAGCGGUUUGAGUGAGGGCUAUGCUCUUCCCUCUCGUGCCUCUCCUUUCAAGGUCCCUUCUCUCUUUAUCCCUCCCCUCCCUUCCACGUUUUCUCCUUGCUUCCAGGCGACGGGAGUGAAGGCAGAGGACGCCCUGGACGUGAUUAUAACGAAUGCGCUUAUAGUAGAUCACUGGGGCAUAGUGAAGGCGGACGUGGGCAUCAAGGGCACGCGCAUUGUGGGCAUCGGCAAGGGCGGCAACCCGGACGUCAUGAAUGGGGUGGACGAGAAUAUGGUGGUGGGGCCACAUGUCAAGGCCAUCGUGGGCAUCAAGGGCACACGCUUUGCGGGCAUCGGCAAGGGUGGCAACCUAGAUGUGAUGGAUGGGGUGGAUGAGAACAUGGUGGUGGGGGUGAGUAUCAAAAGGGAAAAAGAUGUUGGGGUGACGACCGAGGUGAUAGCAGGCGAGGGGCUGAUUCUCACAGCAGGAGGCAUCGACACGCACGUGCACUUCAUCUGCCCUCAACUGGCGGACGAGGCCAUCUGCAGUGGUCUGACAACACUGGUGGGAGGAGGCACAGGCCCGGCACACGGCACUCUUGCAACCACAUGUACACCAUCCCCCGACGCCAUGACGCUCAUGCUUCAGGCUACGGACAACAUGCCUCUCAACUUUGGGUUCACAGGGAAGGUUCCCCCCAUCAGGUUCCCCAUCAGGUUCCCCAUCAGGUUCCCCCCAUCAGGUUCUCCCCAUCAGGUUCCCCCCAUCAAGUUCCCCCCAUCAAGUUUCCCCCAUCAGCUUCCCCCCAUCAGCUUCCCCCCAUCAGCUUCCCCCCAUCAGCUUCCCCCCAUCAGCUUCCCCCCAUCAGGUUCUCCCCAUCAGGUUCCCCCCAUCAAGUUCCCCCCAUCAAGUUCCCCCCAUCAGCUUCCCCCCAUCAGGUUCCCCCCAUCAGGUUCCCCCCAUCAGGGCAACACAUUUAGUCCCGAGGGUCUGUUGGACAUCAUCAAAGCAGGAGCCAUCGGGCUGAAGCUGCAUGAGGACUGGGGCACCACCCCUGCUGCCAUUGACACACGUGUCUGGGCGUGGCAGAGCAGCAUGACGUGUGUGUGUAAAGAGACUUGGUUUUUAUGCCAACCCCCGCUCCCCUCUCCCCACUCUCUCCAGGGCAACACGUCCAGCCCCGAGGGCCUGCUAGACAUCAUCAGAGCGGGGGCAAUUGGGUUGAAGCUGCAUGAGGACUGGGGCACCACGCCUGCUGCCAUUGACUCGUGCCUGGGCGUGGCAGAGCAGCAUGACGUGCAGGUGACAAAAAGUAGAGCUCCGGAUCUGAUAUCAACACCUCUCCCUACCGUUUCCCCACCCCUCCAGGGUAACACAUCUAGCCCCGAGGGUCUGAUAGACAUCAUUAAGGCGGGAGCCAUCGGGUUGAAGCUGCAUGAGGACUGGGGCACCACCCCCGCUGCCAUUGACACGUGCCUGGGCGUGGCAGAGGAGCAUGACGUGCAGGUGACGAUUCACACGGACACACUCAACGAGUCCGCGUGUGUGGAGCAGACCAUUGCUGCCUUCAAGAACCGCACCAUCCACACCUACCACAGUGAGGGAGCAGGGGGCGGCCAUGCGCCGGACAUCAUCAGCAUCUGUGGGGAGAGCAACGUGCUUCCCUCCUCCACCAACCCCACUCGCCCCUUCACCACCAACACCAUUGACGAGCAUCUCGAUAUGCUGAUGGUGUGUCACCACCUGGACAGCAACAACAGGGAGGACGUGGCAUUCGCCGAGUCCCGCAUUCGAGCCGAGACCAUCGCAGCAGAGGACAUACUGCAUGACAUGGGGGCCAUAAGCAUGAUGUCAUCGGAUUCCCAAGCCAUGGGUCGCAUAGGGGAGGUCAUCACCCGCACCUGGCAAACCGCGCAUAAAAUGAAGGUUCAGCGCGGGCCUCUCAACGAGGAUAAGGAUUCUGAGGGGUAUGGGUUUGGCACCGCGCCGAAUGAUAACUUCCGGGUGAAGAGAUUUGUGGCAAAGUAUACGAUCAACCCGGCGAUCGCGCACGGGUUUUCGCACGUGGUGGGGUCGGUGGAGGUGGGGAAGAUGGCGGAUCUGGUGCUGUGGCGGCCGGCGUUCUUUGGUGCGAAGCCGGAGAUUGUGGUGAAGGGGGGAGCGAUUGCUUGGGCGCAGAUGGGUGAUGCCAAUGCCAGCAUUCCCACUCCAGAGCCGGUCAUCAUGCGACCACAGUUUGCAGCAAGUGGCAAGGCGGUGGGUGGGCGCUGCUUGGCGUUCGUCAGCCAGCUGUGCCACGAGACGGGCUCAGCAGCAAAUCUCGGUCUCACCAAGACCUUGACCUCGGUAUACAACUGCCGCAACCUCUGCAAGGAGGACAUGAUCCACAACGGCGCCCUCCCAGCCAUCCACGUGGACCCUGAGACCUACCAGGUCACUGCUGACGGGGCGCCGCUGACGUGGCAGCAGGGGAAGCAGGAGGAGAGGCGGCAGGGGGCAGCAACAGCAACCCCGCCCCUGCCAUCGGAGUGGGCGGUGUGGCAGCUGCUGGACUCGCUGCUGCCUGCUGGUAGCUUCGCGCACUCGCUGGGGCUGGAAGCAGCAGCUCGAGCAGGCUUCCUUGGUGCCGCUGGCAGAGGGGCAGGGAGAGGAUUAGGUGGUGCAGGGAGAGGAGCAGGUGGGGCAGGGGGGGUUGGCAGUAUGGGUGACAGGGGCGAGGGAAGGAGUGAUAUGGUAACGUCGCUGCGAGUGUUUGUGCUCACGGCCGUGCAUGCCAACGCUGCUCUGCUGCUGCCCUUUCCAAUAGUGGAGCGACACGUGGCACGUGGCGCAUUUGGUGAUGCCCUGGCAGCUGCUGACAGCUGUCUCAACGCCAUGCUGGCGAAUGACGUGGCACGCAAGGUCUCGCUCUCUCAGGGCUCUGCCUUGAUUGCGCCGCCACUCACUGACUUCCCUCAACCCCUCUCCCCUGCUCCCCUACUCGCCGCCUCAACCCCUCUCCCCUGCUCCCCUACUCGCCGCCUCAACCCCUCUCCCCUGCUCCCCUACUCGCCGCCUCAACCCCUCUCCCCUGCUCCCCUACUCGCCGCCUCAACCCCUCUCCCCUGCUCCCCUACUCGCCGCCUCAACCCCUCUCCCCUGCUCCCCUACUCGCCGCCUCAACCCCUCUCCCCUGCUCCCCUACUCGCCGCCUCAACCCCUCUCCCCUGCUCCCCUACUCGCCGCCUCAACCCCUCUCCCCUGCUCCCCUACUCGCCGCCUCAACCCCUCUCCCCUGCUCCCCUACUCGCCGCCUCAACCCCUCUCCCCUGCUCCCCUACUCGCCGCCUCAACCGCUCUCCCCUGCUCCCCUACUCGCCGCCUCAACCCUCUCCCCUGCUCCCCUACUCGCCGCCUCAACCGCUCUCCCCUGCUCCCCUACUCGCCGCCUCAACCCUCUCCCCUGCUCCCCUACUCGCCGCCUCAACCCCUCUCCCCUGCUCCCCUACUCGCCGCCUCAACCCCUCUCCCCUGCUUCCCUACUCGCCGCCUCAACCCCUCUCCCCUGCUCCCCUACUCGCCGCCUCAACCCUCUCCCCUGCUCCCCUACUCGCCGCCUCAACCGCUCUCCCCUGCUCCCCUACUCGCCGCCUCAACCCCUCUCCCCUGCUCCCCUACUCGCCGCCUCAACCCCUCUCCCCUGCUUCCCUACUCGCCGCCUCAACCCCUCUCCCCUGCUCCCCUACUCGCCGCCUCAACCCCUCUCCCCUGCUCCCCUACUCGCCGCCUCAACCCCUCUCCCCUGCUUCCCUACUCGCCGCCUCAACCCCUCUCCCCUGCUCCCCUACUCGCCACCUCAACCCCUCUCCCCUGCUCCCCUACUCGCCGCCUCAACCCCUCUCCCCUGCUCCCCUACUCGCCGCCUCAACCCCUCUCCCCUGCUCCCCUACUCGCCGCCUCAACCCCUCUCCCCUGCUCCCCUACUCGCCGCCUCAACCCCUCUCCCCUGCUUCCCUACUCGCCGCCUCAACCCCUCUCCCCUGCUCCCCUACUCGCCGCCUCAACCCUUCUCCCCUGCUCCCCUACUCGCCGCCUCAACCCCUCUCCCCUGCUCCCCUACUCGCCGCCUCAACCCCUCUCCCCUGCUCCCCUACUCGCCGCCUCAACCCCUCUCCCCUGCUUCCCUACUCGCCGCCUCAACCCCUCUCCCCUGCUCCCCUACUCGCCGCCUCAACCCCUCUCCCCUGCUCCCCUACUCGCCGCCUCAACCCCUCUCCCCUGCUCCCCUACUCGCCGCCUCAACCCCUCUCCCCUGCUUCCCUACUCGCCGCCUCAACCCCUCUCCCCUGCUCCCCUACUCGCCGCCUCAACCCCUCUCCCCUGCUCCCCUACUCGCCGCCUCAACCCCUCUCCCCUGCUCCCCUACUCGCCGCCUCAACCCCUCUCCCCUGCUCCCCUACUCGCCGCCUCAACCCCUCUCCCCUGCUCCCCUACUCGCCGCCUCAACCCCUCUCCCCUGCUCCCCUACUCGCCGCCUCAACCCCUCUCCCCUGCUUCCCUACUCGCCGCCUCAACCCCUCUCCCCUGCUCCCCUACUCGCCGCCUCAACCCCUCUCCCCUGCUCCCCUACUCGCCGCCUCAACCCCUCUCCCCUGCUCCCCUACUCGCCGCCUCAACCCCUCUCCCCUGCUCCCCUACUCGCCGCCUCAACCCCUCUCCCCUGCUCGCACACGUGCUGCUGUGCUCCUAUUCCCCACCACAUCGCCUCCCAGGGACUGCCUGUCUGCUGCCACGCGGCUCAACCUGAUUGGCCCGCUCCAGGCCGCGGGGAUGCAGAGGGAGAUGGUGAGGGACGCGGAGAGGAUAGUGGUGGACGUGGGAGGAGGGGAUGGGGGAGGUGGGGAUGCGGGUCAAAGAUAUAGGGGCGGAGGGGGUUUUGGUGAGGAUUUCGGAGGAAUGCAGAGGGAGAUGGUGAGGGACGCUGAGAGGAUAGUGGUGGACGUGGGAGGAGGGGAUAGGGGUCACAUAUACGGGAGCGGAGGGGGUGGUGGUGGGAAUGUGGGAGGACCAAGGGAUGAACUCAUGCCGCUACGCAUGGAUGCAGCAUGUGUGGAAGAGAGGGGCGAGAUGGAGGAGGCACAUUCUAGGGGGAAGGGACAGGCACCAGGAACCGGGAGAGGAAAUGGGAGAGGAACAGAGAUAGAAUCAGAGAGGCAAGCAGGGGGGCAAUCAGGUGCAGUGCGUGAAAGUAGCUCUGUGCAUGGUAGUGUGCAGCCAAGUCCGCAUGUUGGUGGGGCAGAAGUAGUGGCUGCGACAGCCACAACAGCAGCGGCGACAGCAGCUACAACUGCAGGUGCAGGUGUGCAGCGGGGCGGCAUGGAUUGGACUGGAGUGCUGGUGGUGGAGCUGGUGGGCGGCCGCAGCACAGCGACAAGGAGCUUCUGUCGCUACCCGCUCAAGAUCAUGCUUCCAUCCAAGGUCGCAGCCUCAGGGGUGGAUGUAGUGUGGGCAUACAUAAUCACCUAUGGGGGCGGCAUAGUGGCGGGAGACAAAAUGACUCUGUCCUGUGCGGUGCAGUGCGGUGCCACGGCCGUGUUCACCUCGCAGGCAUCUACCAAGAUCUUCCACUCCAUGCCGGGCACUCCACCAGCCCGCCAGCUCAUCACCGCGACCAUCCAGCUUGGCGCCUUGUUGGCGGUGCUUCCCGAGCCAAUCACAUGCUUCCGAGAGUCGCAGUACCAGCAGCUGCAGAGCAUCCACGUGGCGCCAGGUGGCAGCCUCAUAUUGGUCGACUGGCUGACGAGUGGGCGGCGAGAUCGAGGGGAGGUGUGGGAGAUGGAGUGUUACGAGAGUUGUAACCGUGUCUAUCGGGACGAAGAGGAGAUCCCUCUAGUCUUCGACAAGGUGAAGCUGUCAGCCAAUGCGGUGGUGCCACCUGGACAGCAGCUGGAGGGCAUCCAUGUGCUCACCACCAUUAUUGUCCUGGGUCCACGCACAGAGGCAAUGAGGGCCCACCUAAAGGCAGCAGUGGCGCAGGCAGCAGCUGCAGCGUUCAACCCAAGGAGGAGCAGCAGGGGUUAUUCCUCCUCUGCUUCCUCGCCUUCCCCUUCUGCCACCUCUGCCCCGUCUGCUGGGUUAUCUGGUGGUGUGGAGAGCACAGUGUGGGGUUGUUCGUCUGAUAUGGGACAUGAUGAUUUGCUUGUUGUGCGCCUUGCUGCUGGAGACGCAAGUGCCAUGUACCAUUUCCUGGCAACAAACAUAAAUCCUCUUGUUCCACAAAUCGGUUGCAAUCCAUACAAAGAUUGA